AUGAAUAUAAGUCGGCAAUUGUUAUCUAAAACGGGCACUAUGCUUUUCUCGACAUCUAAAUCAAUGUUUCUUUCCUCCUUCAAUCAAUUUGAUCUAACAAUUUUAUCCAAAGUGGACAAUUAUCCAUUAACAGCAACUGUUUUUGAACCAAAUAAAUCUUCUAUAUGUGCUGUGAUUUCUAUGGCUACUGGUGUCAAUCGUAAAUAUUAUUAUUCAUUUGCUCAAUAUUUAUGUGAACAACAUCAAAUAUUAACAGUCUGUUAUGAUUAUCGAGGUGUUGGUGAUUCAAAAACAAAUUCGAAUCAACCACCACGCGGUGCUGAUUGGAAUAUUGUCGAUUGGGCAAGAAAAGAUUGUGCAAGUAUUCUAUCAUACUGUUUAGAUAAAUAUUCAUCGCACGAUGUGGUUACAGUUGGUCAUAGUUUUGGUGGAAAUAUUCAUGCACUAAUGUAUUCAGAAAUAAAUAGGCGAAUAAAACGUGUUUUAACUAUUUCAUCAACAAAUUCGUAUCUAGGUUAUCAUAAGAAAAAUUUAGAAUUUUUGAUGACUCUGUUUUUAUUAUAUGUCUUUCGAGAAUUUUCAGCAUUUUUCUAUAAUUAUUAUGCAAUCAAAACUGUUUUUAAACGGGGAGAAAAUAUGCCCACAAAUAUUAUUCGUCAAUGGGCACAUUUUUGUAAACAUAAACAAUGUUUUGUUGAUAAACAAGGAAAUUUAUUAUUUCCAGAAGCUUAUGAAAGUUUACAGUGUCCAAUAUUAGCAAUUAGUUUUGAAAAUGAUCGAUUUUAUAAGAGAGAAGCAUUCCAACAAUUUCAUGAACAAUUUCCUAAUUGCAAAAUAACAUAUCGACAUUAUAAAGAAAAAUAUAGAUAUGGACAUUUCAACUUUUUCAGAAAAUCUAAAAUUGAUCAACAGUUAUGGAAUGAAUGUGCACAGUUUUUGAAAGAUGGAACGAUACCACCAGAAGAAGAGAUACCACAGAUUAAAUCAAAGUAG